AUGGACCAAGUCCACACCGGCCGCCCCCUACCUGUCCUGCUCCUGUGUGCCUCUGUGUCUUUGCUGGGUGGCCUGACCUUUGGUUAUGAACUGGCAGUCAUAUCAGGUGCUCUGCUGCUGCUGCAGCUUGACUUCGGACUAAGCUGCCUGGAGCAGGAGCUCCUGGUGGGCAGCCUGCUUCUGGGAGCCCUCCUCGCCUCCCUGGUUGGGGGCUUCCUCAUCGACCGCUACGGCAGGAAACAGGCCAUCCUCGGGAGCAACCUGGUGCUGCUGGCGGGCAGCCUGAGCCUGGGCUUGGCCGGCUCCCUGGCCUGGCUGAUCCUGGGCCGCUGGGCAGUGGGCUUUGCCAUCUCCCUGUCCUCCAUGGCCUGCUGCAUCUGCGUGUCAGAGCUGGUGGGGCCCCGGCAGCGGGGUGUGCUGGUGUCCCUCUACGAGGUGGGCAUCACUGUGGGCAUCCUGCUCUCCUAUGCCCUCAACUACGCGCUGGCCGGUGCCCUCCAGGGAUGGAGACACAUGUUUGGCUGGGCCGCCGCACCUGCUCUCCUGCAGUCCCUCAGCCUCCUUUUCCUCCCUCCACGGGCAGAGGAGACUGCGGCACAGAAGGACCUCAUCCCACUCCAGGGAGGUGAGGCCCCCAAGCUGGGCCUGGGGAGGCCGCGGUACUCCUUUCUGGACCUCUUCAGGGCACGGGAUAACAUGCGAGGCCGGACCGUGGUGGGACUGGGGCUGGUGCUGUUGCAGCAGCUGACAGGGCAGCCCAACGUGCUGUGCUACGCCUCCACCAUCUUCCACUCGGUUGGCUUCCGCGGGGGCUCCUCGGCGGUGCUGGCCUCCGUGGGGCUUGGCGCGGUGAAGGUGGCAGCCACCCUGACCGCCAUGGGGCUGGUGGACCGCGCGGGCCGCAGGGCCCUGCUGCUGGCUGGCUGUGGCCUCAUGGCCCUGUCGGUCAGUGGCAUAGGCCUGGUCAGCUUUGUCGUGCCCAUGGACUCGGGCCCAAGCUGCCUAGCCGUGCCCAAUGCCACGGGGCAGACAGGCCUCCCUGGAAGCUCUGGCCUGCCAAGGGGCUCAUCUCCACCUCCAGGGCCGAGAACCCAUGAGCACCAGAGGGAGCCAGUCUUGCCAGCUGCUAAGAAAACCAAGCCGCAUCCCAGAACUGCAGCACCCACAGCCCCUACCCUGCCAGCCCUGAGCCCUCCCUUUCCGGCACCUCCCAGCCCUGGCCCUGAGCACACACUGCUACGCUGGACUGCGCUUGUCUGCCUGAUGGUCUUUGUGAGUGCCUUCUCCUUUGGAUUUGGACCAGUGACCUGGCUCGUCCUAAGCGAGAUCUACCCCACGGAGGUCCGAGGGAGGGCCUUCGCCUUCUGCAGCAGCUUCAACUGGGCAGCCAACCUCUUCAUCAGCCUCUCCUUCCUCGAUCUCAUCACCGUUGGCUUGUCCUGGACCUUCCUGCUCUACGGACUGACUGCUGUCCUUGGCCUGGGCUUCAUCUGUGUAUUCGUUCCUGAAACAAAAGGCCAAUCGUUGGCAGAGAUAGACCAACAGUUCCAGAAGAGACGGUUCGCCCUGAGCUUUGGCUACAGGCAGAACCCCGCUGGCAUCCAGUACCGCCGCCUCGAAGUCUCCACGGCACCCUGAGGGGUCCGUCUGCUGGGACACUGGAACCAUGGUUUUAGCAGACCACCUCAAGUGUCCUGUGUCCUAGGCCUGGGAGCACACAUUCCAGGAGUUCUUCAGGAGCGACUCCUGCCCCAAAGG